CGGAAACUGCAGCCAAUGAUCACCAGCGAGACGGGGAAGGCACUGAUCCAGACAUGCUUGAAUUCUCCUGACUCCCCUCCUCGGUCGGACCCAACCAGCGAUCAGCGCAUGAGUGCUACGGGCUUUGAGGAAACGGACCUUACAUAUCAGGUGUCUGAGUCUGACAGCAGUGGAGAAACAAAGGACUCACUGAAGCCAGCAUUCACUGUCACCAACCUCCCAGGGACGACGUCCACCAUCCAGACAGCACCCACAACAUCCACAUCCAUGCAGGUCAGCAGUGGGCCCUCGUUCCCCAUUACUAACUACUUAGCACCAGUCUCUGCCAGUGUCAGCCCCAGUACAGUCACCAGUGCCAACGGAACAGUGCUGAAAACCACUGGAAGCGGCGCAGUGGCCUCUGGAGGACUAAUGCAGAUACCUACCGGCUUUACCCUCAUGUCAGGUGGUGCAAUGGCUCAACAGGUUCCUGUGCAAGCCAUCCAGGUGCAUCAAGCCCCCCAGCAAACGUCUCCUACAAGCGACAGCAGCACUGACAUCACACAGACCUCUUCCAGCGGGACAGUGACCCUGCCAGCUACAAUCAUGACUUCAUCUGUGCCAACCACUGUGGGAGGCCAUAUGAUGUACCCCAGUUCUCAUGCAGUGAUGUAUGCUCCUACAUCGGGUCUCACGGAUGGUGGGCUUGCGGUUCUCAAUGCCUUCUCUCAGGCCCCAUCAGCAAUGCAGGUUUCACAUGGGCAAGUCCAGGAUCAGGGUGGAGUCCCUCAGGUAUUCCUGACAGCUCCGUCAGGAACAGUUCAGAUCCCAGUCUCAGCUGUUCAGCUUCACCAGAUGGCUGUCAUUGGUCAGCAGAGCAGCAGCACUGCCAACUUGACAGAGCUGCAGGUGGUCAACUUGGAGACAUCACAUGGUUCCAAGAGUGACUGAACAACUUUGGGAGGGACCUGGUGAGGGAAGGGG